AUGUCGGACUUGUCAUCUUCCUGGAAAUCCGAGACGAUUGCUCUACUUGUGAACAAAACCUUGGAAGAUGGAUCUUCUGGCAAUGCUUGCACUUUGGUAGAGCCUGGAUGUGUCCGUGUGGAAUUUCUGCACCAGAAUGGGCAGGUUUGCGACGACCACAAUGAUCACAAGAAGAAGAUCUGCAAAAACCAAAAGACAGCGCCUGUGGCCUGCCUAGAGUUUGCUUCAUCUGAAGAACGAGACGACAUUGAGGUGAGCUACGAUGGACUGGCGAUUCCUCAUACACACGGGUAUCAUCAUUAUCAGUUUCACAGAAAUUGGCCUUCACUGCCAUCUGCCAAGGACAAUUCAGGCGCAUUAGAAGGCUCAGCUAAUCAAUUGCUUUCAACCCCAACACCACCUCUGCAUUUGCAAAUCAUGGCCAUCCCAAAUAAAGAAUUGAAAAGGCGGGUUUUAGCAAUAUUGCAGCAAGAGAAUCAUGACAGAGACAACAACCGGGCAACGACUACUGAUGGAGAUGAUAGCAAGACAGCAAAGCAACAACGAGACUUUCUCAAAAAACACCAUCAAAAGUGCAAAGUGUGGAUUCACUGUCACUUGGUGCAAAGGUAUCUGGCCCAACAUCACAACAAAUGGAGUUCCUCUCAAGGGCGGCCCUGUCGGGUCCAACCAGGAAUCCCCGCUCCAUCUGAGUGGACUCAUCGACUGUGGGAGGUUCUGAGACAAAUUCCAGUGGCUCAAGGAAAGCAAGCAGAUGGCAUCAACAAGGUUCUCUCGUGGCCACCCACUCUCAAACAACGCAAAGGCGUUCAAUCAGCUCAUUACUUGACCGUUCGACGACAACAUCCACCCCACCAAGACGAAUUAUGGCAACUCUGUGAAAGCAUCUUGAAGGCAACUUUGUGUGACACCAAUGGCUGUUUGCCGGCCUACAAUGCCUUGGCCAUUACCAGAAACUUUUAUGGGUCGCCACAUAUCGAUGCGCACGAUCAAACCUUCCAACAUGUCAUUGCCGUGGGUGACUUUACCGGCGGACGAUUGUGCUGCGAACUCAACGAGGAUGAGGAGUUGCAAAUUGACAUCCACAAUCGAGUAGGACGCAUGGAUGGACGUAAAGUUCAUUGGGUCAGUGCCUGGCAAGGCAAGGAGCGGUAUAGUGUCGUGUACUACAGUACACGCAAAGAGGAUUGGACCGAUCCCAGCAUCUCUCAAAGUGUGCAUUUGCAGUGGAUGCAAGAUUGGAUCAGGGCAUUGGAGCACCAAGAAAGGCAGUAA